AUGACUAUACCGAGCAACGGACGUACACGAGGCCCAUUAGACGCGAGCAAAGCUGUCCACACAGGAGAUAUAUACCAGAAACUUGCAGGUCCCGGAAACCUAACUCUGAAUCUCACAAAUGAGGUUCGAGGCCCUACAGAUCUUAUUGCCUGUAAGUGGGCAGGCGUACCCCGUGCGGGAUAG